GUUUAGUCAUAAUUAUUUUACUGUAAUUAGUAAGUUGUGUAAAAAAUGUUUGGGGUUUUGACUAUAGAAAUGUAGGAUACCAUACGCAGAAGGCACAGGCGUUGGUGUUUUUUUUUUUAAAAUUUGUUAGUUUCGAAUUAAUUUUUUUAAAAUUUUAAAUUUAAACUCUGCUGCGGUUGGACGCAAGCAUUCACCCUCUCACUCUUCUCCAGAAAGAUAUUUUUCAGCAUUCUUCAAUAUUCACUUGGAAUGCAAGCUACAGUAACGUACCGACUUUAAAUAUCCUUGUCUUUUUGACAAAUUUAUAUUCUUAAGAAUACCUGGAGAACUAUAGGAUCAAUUUUCAGCUGGUAUCAGUAACGUGGUGACGACAGGAUCAAGGAUACUUCUCGUUGAAAACACUCUCGGCUUCACUAUUAAAGCACAACACAAAUUUACUGCACUAUAUUUACAUUACAGAUAAUAUUUAUAGUAAUUUUAUACAAUCCUUUAACCCUAAAAUAUACUAUUUUUCAAAUGUGGCUGGAAUAGUAUUAAAAUGUUUACACUCAAGCUUGGCCUGUCUGCAUUUCUGCGUAGGCAAACGUGUAGAUAGUUAUAUUAGGCCUACAUAAGGAUUUCAUGAAAUAUGAUAUUUCUUAAUGUGCCUCGGCAGAAUCCUUAGAGAUAUACCAAGGACCUGAAUCAAUCCGUUUUCAGGCAGGAUGAGCGAGGAGCAGUCUGCCACACCGGCCACGGACCAGCUGCACGCCAUCUACAUCAGCAGUGUGCCACACAGUCUCCUGCACAAGGACACCAUGACACAACACUUCUCGCAGUUUGGCGGGGUGCGCAGAGUUUACAUCAGCAACGUGCGUCGCAGCGCCAUCGUGCACUUCAGUGAUCACGAGACUGCCAGGCGGGCCAAGGAGUCCGGAGUCCCGCUGCAGGGACACAAGCUGGAUGUUUACUGGAGCAAGUCGGCCAAGGUGCUUCCCGUAGUCCCGGGGCCUGACCAGUCUGCAGUGAGCGAACCCCCGGAGGCGCGCGCGAGGAGACGGAGCGCCAAGUACACGGUGUCGGCCGAGGUGCAGGAGGAGCUGAUGGCGAUGUCCGGGGGAGACGUCACCAGGUACGAGGAGCGGCCGGUGCCUCACAAGCGGCGGGCGGCGGGCGGGCGUCGCAGCCGCCCCGCCGAGGGGCCACGCCCCGGGCCCGGCCCCGGCCCCGGGGACCAGGCGGAGGUGGACGGCCUGCUGGCCCUCGCCGGCAAGCCGGCCCUCUCGCCCGAGGACCGCUACAAGACCCUGGAGGCUCGCGACCGCCUGCUGCGCAAGAUGCACGGCAGAGGCGCGAUGAAGAGGUCUCCGCUGCAGGGCACGUGUCCCGACAUGUGCUCGGAGAAGGAGCGCUACCACAGGGAGAUCACCAACCAGGUGGCUGUCUACGAGAGACUCUCGUCCUCCGAGGAAGUGCGGAUGGACCACGAGCGCGCCGUGAAGCAGUACUCGCGCAGUUCGGCCGACCAGGACGACACGCUGUGUCACGAGCUGAGACCUGCUCCAGUGCUGCAGCGCACCAUGCGCUACCUGCUGGCCCACGUGGUCGACUCCCGGGACCGCGACGCCAACCCCUACGACUGGUUCCACUUCCUGUGGGACCGCACGCGCAGCAUCAGGAAGGACAUCACGCAACAGGAGCUGAGCGACCGCAGCUGCAUCGCUCUGAUGGAGCAGUGCGCGAGAUUCCACAUCCACUGCGCGGAGCAGCUGGUCGCGGAGGACCCGGCCGUCUUCGACCAGAAGAUCAACACUGAGAACCUGACCAAGUGCUUGCAGACGCUCAAGUACAUGUACGGAGACGCAGCGCUGAAGGGGGAGCCCUGUGUCUGCGAGCCGGAGUUCCGUGCCUACACGGUGCUGCUCAACCUCAACGACGGCAACUUCCUCUGGGACCUGAAGCAAGUGCGGCCGGAGGUGCUGCGCUCGCCCGAGGUGCAGUUCGCCCUCAGGGUGCACGCAGCAAUCAGCAGCCAGAACUACGUGCGGUUCUUCCGGCUGGUGCGGCACACCUCCUACCUGAACGCCUGCCUGCUGCAGCGCUACUUCUGCCAGGUGCGCACCGGGGCACUGCUGUCCCUCUGCAAGGCCAGCUGCCCGGGCCGGGCGCGUGUGCAGUUGCCGGUGGCCAGACUGAUGGAGCUGUUGGCGUUCGAGAACCUGGCGGAGAUGCUGGAGUUCCUGGGCUGCUGUGGCCUGGUGGAGUACGACUCGGCCGGCCAGGACUGUGUGGUCAUGUCGCGAGGGGCCGUGUGUGUUCCCAAACUGCCCCCGCAGACUUACCGCGCUCCGGCUCUCAUCGAGUCUAAAAUGAACUGCUCCAUCGCCGAGGUGGUGUACGGAGGCCCCCUCCCCCCCGACGCUGCAGAGAUAGCCCCGGUGCACUCCAGCUUCGACGACAGUGGCCGCCUGAAGCCAGCUGCCUUGUACUUGAGCGACGGUGGUGUGUUCAGAGUGCCGGCCGGCGAAGCCGUGCCCAAACGUAAGAAAACUGUUUCUCCCGUGUCGGAGACUUUGGGGCCGAGCACGGACAGAGACCUGAAUGUAAGAUCAGCAGACGCGGUGAUCACGCCUGAGACACCGGUGUCCGUGCCGAAGCCCGCGCCGAGUGUGCACGGCGCCGUGGCGACGCAGGGCGGCACGGCCGCGGCUGCGCCUGUGUUCUCCGUGCGCGCGGACCGACCGGGGGACAGGGGUGUGUCGAGCGAGACCCGGGUGCUGGGCAGCCUCGCCGGUACAAGCGGCGCAGCGGAGCGCAGUCCAGCCUCCAUGUCGUGGGUACCGCGACGUGCGCCGGCGGUCAGCCGGGAGCCAGCAGAGGAGACUGCCAGUCCGGGAAAUACUGAAACCAAGAUCUUCCCAGUUCCGUCCUCGUUCAUCAGAAGGGAGCAGCAACAUGCUAGUCUCGAAAGAAGAGGCAGCUGUGCACAGGAGGACAGCAGGUCAGUGUCUCCGAGGCCGGCAGGGGUGGCGGCGAGGGCAGCAGUAACACUGAUCUCUCCACGUGAGUCCUCCCCCGGGAACAUUGCCAUUGCAAGGUUGGAAGAACAGCCUCAUAAGCAUGCUGAACCAGAAAGGAAGCAACAAGAAGGAAACAAACAGAAGAUGAUGCAAGAUGAGGUAGUUAAGAAAGCAGAAGAGGAGAAGAGAAGAGAUGCAGCUCAGACACACACAGCACAGCAGGUGUUGGCAGGCCUGAUUGUGGACCUGGCCCGCGAUGUGUGCAGUGCGCACCUGAGAGAGGCGCAGUGCGCGGCUCUGGCCCAGCGAGUGCUCCACGAAGUAGUCCACAGCGUGGUGACUGAGCACACUCGAGCCCUGCUGGUCGAAGCUGUUCGUAGCAGGAGGCUGGGGCUCCUGGCGGAGAGGGUGGCGGCGAGGAAGACGCGAGCCGUGUGCCACAAGUGGCGGGGGCUCGUGGCUCGCCACAAGAAGCACCGGGAGGCCGCGGAGGGGUUCCCGCCCCUGACGCUGCUGCAGACCAGCCCGGGCGACCUGUACGUCCCGCGGCCCGCCCAGGUGGCUCUGCUGCACCUGCCCGGCAGCAGCCCUGGCUCGCUGGACGCGACAUGUGCUCAGCUGGAUGUCGCUGCAGCGGUGAGCCGGCAGCUGCUGCUGAGGAUGUCGAGUCUGGACUGCAGCGACGCGGACGUGACCUGGAAGCUGGUGGUGUCCCUGCCGGACGACCGAGAAUCCAUCUACGAGCAGGAGGCCAGUGUUUCGGCUCGUGAAUUGUUCAGAGGAAAUAAAUGUGCCAUCCAUCAUUCAGAUGCGGCCACAGUGGCAUGCAGCGUGGUGCUGGUGGCAGCCCGUGGCAGCACACAGGCGGUGCGUGGCAGGAGUGGCGUGCUGGUGUGGGUGGCAUCCGGCCGAGACGACUGGGCGGCCGUGGAGCGACGCCUGCAGCACUGCGUCGCGGGGAGUGUAACACGGCCAGCUGUGCCUGUUUCGCUGUUGCUCGUACGCAACACUGCCCGACUGUCGGCCAGUGACGUGGCAGCAAGGGUGGGCGUGCAGCGUCUGGUGUCUGCCGGCUGUGUUUCACAUUUUACCGUGCACCAGCCUUCAACCACCUCUUCACAGGCCGUGCGCCGGGCGGUGGAGGGAGCCGUGCGCUGGCUGGCGGAGCGCGCCCCGGACCCACGGCCCGUCGUGCUGUGCCCCCUGCACGGCCUGAUGGACGAGCUGCUGCGCGGCGCGCUGCGCCAGGUCGCGCUAGCUGCGCGGGACUCUGCCUUCGGCGCCGUGGCCGCGCAGAGUCCCAACAAUGUGCUCCUCCUGUACAACAAGAUGCUGCGUGUGCUGCAAGAGUACCUGCUGGACCCGGAGCUGAGGCAGUACGGCAUGGGAGCCCCAGUGUGUGGCACUGCUCGCUACUGCGGUCGCAUCGCUCAGGUGCUGAAGAGCGCGCAGCUAGCCCCUAUACGACCCUGGCCGCCCGCCUCCCUGUGUGAGCUGGUGCUAGUCCUGGAGCGCUACUGCGACACCAGCUGUCUGCUGGACCACUGGCCUCUCUACAGCUACAUGGAGCGUGCGGUCCGAGACUUCUUCCGUGAGGGCAGGUCACCCGGCCGUCAUUCAGAAUGGGCAGAAUUUUUGCAGUCAGUCAACUGGAUGAAGGUUGUGCAGAUUAUCGUGUCGAAGAAGCUGGAGUCCAUGCAGAUGUUGGUCGCGCCGGAGGACGAACUGCAGGUAGCCAUCAGCAAGAAGAACCUUGCCGCCUUCCUCGACACUUUCUGGUGGUUCACUCCCCAAGAAAUGGAGGUCGUCAUAGAAACUCCAUUCAUAAACGGCAACCAUCGGCAGAGAAAGGUGGUGGCACGGACGAGCUCGGAGCGGUCGCGCGACAGGAAGCGGAAAGACUCCGCUCGCGACGAAGCGUCGGGUCGCUCCGCAAAGAAGAGCUGCAAGUCUGUGACCAGCGAGAUUGAUGCUAGUCUGACUGCGCUCAAAUCCUUGAAUGAGGAGAUAAUGAAGAUUCUGGGUAAUUGUUGUGUUCUGCAUAUUGUCUAAAAGAAGUGUUCAUGGAGUCAUGCUCAAGUUUAAGGUUACAAAUAGCUUAAUCAACGUUAGUGAAGUGACUGGGGUCCUACAGACGCUCCAGAACUUAACUUGUGGUAGCAAUGUUUGGUGUUGGGUGUUGGGUGUGUCAGCGCUCUGUGGAGCGGGCAUCUAGACUGCCCAGUGCAGGGCUGCCUGCAUCGACACCGACUGUCUGAGAUACUGCAGCAGUCUGUUGCAGAACUAACAAACUAAGCAUUUCAUCUUCUCCCACUGACCUAUUUGAACAAUGGAAAUAAUAUAAAUUUACUGAGUUCUGAGUUAAACAUUGUUAGUAAUAGAAAAAAAUUUUCUUGCACGCUAAUGAGUUACUCCUUUUUAUCGUAAUAUGGUUACGUGCAACAAGGCAGUCGGUAGCUCUACUACUCCAUGAGAGUUAGUUGUUGGUGUGCGACCGUGUGCACACUGCAUGAGCCGUGCGUGCUGUUGCAGACUGAGGGCGGGCGGUGGCUCGUCUUGCCGUGUGUUCCACGACGUCAGCUGUGUUGUUGCGUGCUGUGCCGGCCACUCCUUAACUUUCAGUUAUUAUAUUACAACUACAAGCUUUUUUAAAAAUAAAACAUGUUCUUAUUUUCAGUCCUUGUUUCUCAAUCUUUUUUUUUAUUUAAUAAAAUAUAUUUUGUUAUCUAUACAAAAGUAAAAUGACCAAUAAAAAUUUGAAAAUA